AAUUAGGAAUUAGGAGGUGCUUCGCUAGCAGUGUGCUUGGCCUUGAGCAGACGAUAAAGUGAAGAUAAUGCACGAAAACUACCGGCAGCACUAUCGGGCAUCGAUGAAUGGCCGAUGGCCCGGCAAUUCCAGAAAUGGUUUGAAGAGCAGGUCGGGACUCGCAUCGUUCGUCCGGCCGGCGUCAUCACGAUGUUCCAGCUCUAAACGCAAUGAUUAUAUUACGACUUCACGUUUUAAGACAUACGAAGCAGUCGACCUUCAGGUUGCCUGUUUGAGUCCAUCGUGGACUCUUCCUAUCCCAGACCUUUGAUGGAUUCUCUGAUCUUCCAUGAGCACGGAACAACAAAUCAGAACGGUGCAUGGUUCAGCUCGAGAUCGAUCAUCAUUCGUUCACUUGCCAGUGGAAGGUCUUCUUGAAACAUGUCAUCCAGCUUAGCUUGAGAUGGUUUGGGUCCAUCAAAGUCUCCAAUAAUCACUCCUUUUUACUUAAUUCCCUAAUAGGCGUGACGGUUCUAGAGCUUGAACUCUGGUACCACCUUGAUGAUCUCGGUUUCCACUUUCAUGGAACGUCCCAUGUGAUGACCAUGUCCGACUCUCUCGCUUGCUUUAUUCUGGGGCAGCCGUGGCUAGUUUGGUCCAUAAGUUUGAUUCCUAGUAAUUCUUCGUACAGUAUUUCAUUAUUCUCCCAAGAGGACUAAAUUCUGUCGAAUUGGCAGCAGAAUUCCUCGUCACAAGUGAUCCUGCAACGAUACGACUAGAACAUGAUCCCUCGUCACCUUCGUUGAGAGCUUCACUCGAUAAUCGAUCUCUUCCUGAGGUUGCCAUGUCAAGUCUGGUUGGCCAUCUGAUCGGGAUAUGUAUUCCGAGAGCUAGUAACAUCAACAAGUUCUCUACAUCGCGAAGUCUAAAUCAACUCCGAAUGCCGCCGACUCGAAUCGGUCCACUCGCCACAAAGAGGUUUGGAGGACACGAAACCCCCUGACAAAGAUCUGCGGUUGAGACCUGGUUCCGUGACAUCAUUAUCAGGAACUGGACAUGGUAAAAUUCCAGAAGCAGCUUGCUGGGCAGCUUGUUCCAGAAUGGAAGGAGGGAUACUGCGACUACAAGCAGUUAAAAAGGGAUGUGAAGCGCAUUAAGGAGUACCAUCAGCUUGUCCAUGUCAGCAUGUCCGAUGAAAAUGUAUCGAAGAACUCCGUGCAAAUGUUGAAAUCCUUUGGAAGUCCAUUCGUGGCAUUCUCCGACAGACUGGUGAAUAACCCUCUGUUCUUGCGGGGAAAAGUGGAGAAUAUAACGGUUCAUAUUCAUCAAAUUCGACAUUGUGGAUCUGACGAUGGACGUUUUGGGACUGAGCUUUACGAGACUGAAUUACUAGACUCCGCACUAACACCAACGGACCUCGCUUUGAAGUUUUUCAAGAAGUUGGAUUUUGAACUGAAUCGAGUGAACCAGUUUUAUAAGCUCAAAGAGGAAGAGCAUCAUCUUCGGGCGCAUAGUCUGCAACUUCAGAUGGCCGCACUCCUCGAUCUGCGGAGAAGACAAGAUUCAGCAAUUGCAGGCGACGGUUGCGAUUGGGAAAAGAUCUUGAGCUCCGCCUCGAGUGAUGAACACAAACCAGAAAUCUUCAUGAAUGCUUUGAGAAUCCAAUUAAGACGGGAAGCUGCUGUGAAUAAAGAGCAAGUACAGUUGUCCGAGAAGCUACUUCGAACAGCAUUUGCAGAAUUUUACCGCGGAUUGGGUCAUCUGAAAAGCUACAGUGCAAUGAAUAUCAUGGCGUUCUCUAAGAUACUGAAGAAAUAUGACAAGGUCACAGGGUGGAAUGCGUCGUUGACGUAUCUGAGAGUUGUUGAAGACUCAUACUUCGCCAGUUCAGACAAGGUAUUAAAGUUAAUGGACGGGGUGGAAAACAUCUUCACUUUACAUCUCACCAGAAAAAACUACCGGGAGGCAAUGAUAUAUUUGAGACCUUUUCAGAAGAAAACAUUCCGGUCAAUAGCAUAUUUCCAAGGUGUAUUUACGGGAUGUUCAGUGGCGUUCUUAAGCGUACUCGCUGCAACAGUGAUGAUUCCGUCGCCAUUGGAAUCUCAAGUUGAUACAAAAGGAGAAUCAGUAGAAAAAAAAUCAAACGUUCUGUUCCCACUUUCAAGUACUGUGGGGUUGGUUCUUCUCCAUUUGUAUAUGUAUGCUUGGGAUAUGUAUCUUUGGCGCCGAGCUCGUAUCAACUAUGCCCUCAUCUUUAGAUGGGAACCAGGAACAGAGCUCCAGUAUCAAGAGGUGUUGCUUCUCAGCACUGGUUUCACCACCUUAUGGAUGUUGGGUAUGAUCGUCGUAAAGAUGUACCCAGGUCUACCGCGGGUUGAUCUCAUUCCCCUUUUCACAUUAGUGGUGUUGAUUGCCAUCCUUUUCCUUCCUCUAAAUAUUUGCUUUCGAUCAACAAGGAUGGCAUUUCUGCGGUGUAUGGUCCACGUUGUCAGUUCCCCUUUCUACAAGGUGGUGUUGGCCGACUUCUUUCUUGCAGAUCAACUGACCAGCCAGGUGACAGUCUUGAAAAACAUUCAGUAUCUGGCAUGUUAUUAUAUGGGAGGCCAUUUCCAAUCCCACAAUGGAGCUUCAUGUACUGAAGGCUUGACAGUGCGAUGCUUGCAAUAUGUCGCGAUAUUACCAUACUGGUGGAGGCUGAUGCAGUGUGCCAGAAGGUGGAAAGAUGAACAUGACUUUCAGCAGGUACUCAACGGAGCAAAGUACUUAUCUGCGCUAAUUUCGACGGCGAUGAAGGUGGCUUAUCGACAAAGUUCCGGGGUCUGGCUCUUCGCUUAUGUCGCAUCUUCGUUCAUUUCUUCUUUCUUCGGCAUCUACUGGGACCUCGUAAAAGACUGGGGUCUAAUGCAGUCCAAGUCGGUUAACCCAUGGCUACGAGACCACCUGCUAUUGAAACACAAAUUUGCCUACUACAUUUCCAUCGUGGUGAAUAUCAGUCUCAGAAUGGCCUGGCUUACAGCUGUGCUCGUCGAACAAACUUUCGACCUCGAUGACAGCACCAUAGAUGCUGUACUUGCCGUCUUGGAAGUGAUUCGCCGUGGACACUGGAACUUCUACAGGUUAGAAUACGAGCAUCUGCAUAAGUUCGCAGAUAUGGGGGCUCUCCAACGAAUUCCCUUACCUUUCCAGAACUUAGAGGACCCAUAAUCUGGUCACAUAGUUACUGUCACAGCUUCUUCCCAUAACAAUACCAAGGUGGCAGAAGUACAUUGGAUUCUUGCCGUCCGUGUGCAGGUUCCAGGGCAUUCUAGACUUCUGAGUCCACUCUGUUCAGACUAUUUCCAAACGUCGGGCAUUCUGCAAAAAUACGGACGAAUGUCAUUUUCUAUACUCUCGUAACUCCCCACGACACAUGGAGCUGACUAAAAGGUCUAUCUCCUGCAAAGAACCUGCAAACUGAAAUAACAAGGGUUCCGAGGUUUAGUAGUUACACUGGCUAUAAGUAGUGAAAUCAAAACUCACCUGAACACUUGUACGAAGAUGAAUGGUCAAGGGCUGUGAACUGCAACUAUUUCAAAUUUCCACUCAAUAGUAUCUGAAAUCAACCUGUUGAAAUCUCUGUAUGGAUAUAUCACGGAAUAAGUCCUCCUCUUCCGAGUAACUUGGG